GUCUUCGGCAACAUCACAACCACACUUCAGCAUGGCGAGCAUGGCGAGCAGGACACUGCGGGCGCUGGCGCGCCCAACGACUACACCAUUUUUGUUAUCUGCACGUUAUGCGUCGUCCAAGCCACCCGCUCCGCCCGCCUCGACCCCCAAACCCUCCACCGCCAGCACCUCCGACGCCCCAGCAGCGCAGGAGCACGCCGUUCUUGAGCCCCCAAAAGACAAGGACGGCGCGUACAUUGUCCCCCCGCUCUCGAGGCCGCCAGGCAUCCCCUUCCCGCCCUCUACAGAUCCUGUGACGUGGGCUCGCAGGCGAGAGCAGCUCAUGGACAAGGAGCGGCGGCGGGCGGAGCGGCGCGCGCUCAUCAAAGAGGCCAGCCAGGGGUAUUUCCACGACUACAACCUUGCGCGCAAGGCCAACGGGGGCAAGUUGUGGGUUGGGCCGCCCGUGCUCAUCCGCGAAGACAUGGCGAACUACUUCCCCGACAUCUCGGGCAAGGCGCUGACGGGCGAGACGGUGCACACGACGGACUUGUUCCGCGGCAAGGUGUCGCUGGUCAGCAUCCUCAAUACGCGCAUUAGUGAGGAACACGUGCAGUCGUUCGUGCAGCCGGUACUGGAGGACUGGGAGGGGCAGCCGCUGUUCAACUACAUCACGAUCAACCACCAGGACAACGCGCUCAAGUCGAUGCUUGUUUCGUUCUUCGUCUCUGGGCUGAAGCGCACGAUCCCCAAGGAGCGGUGGGGAACAUAUAUCUUUGCGAGUGGAGAAUGGUCGAGCAUCGAUAUCACCGGCCCGCUCGGGAUGGAGAACAAAAUUCUCGGAUACGUGUUCCUUGUUGAUGAGAACGCCAAGGUGCGCUGGGCGGGUUGUGCCACUGCGCAGCCGAAGGAGGUUGAGGACUUGCGGCGAGCGACGGCGGUCCUUCUCCGGCGUAAGCUGGGCACCAGCGAGCCACGACAGUGAGCAACGGAAUUUAGGAGGCAGCAAGGACGCGCUCGCGGCGAGUGUGGACCAGCAUCAUGCAUAGACUAUCAAAUGUGG